CACUAGAAUGUAACAUUGAUACCUUCACAGCGGCUGGUCUAAACUCCACGCUUUUUAUCUCCCUCUCCAGACUACUGACACUGCUGAGCAGCCAUCCUAGAUCCGACCUUUCUGCUCGACAAACAGCCUGCCUAUGCAGCGCGCCAGCUUCCGUCCCACGUGACCUAAGGAUGUCACGUGAUGUGACGUCGGCACCCGGCAGGUCCUUACAGUGCAACCCUUUUACUGCAGUGGCAGAGUGUGGGCUCGCAGCGACCACAUGUCUUGGGUGCAGGCGGCCGCGGAGCUCCAGUCUCAGGGAGAAGGCGAGGUGUUCGAUGAGGAAGCUGAUGAAAUGAGACUUCUGCAAAAUGACUGGAAGAAAUCCAUGGAGAAGAGGCUAAAGGAGGGCUAUGUUGACGGGGUGGAAGCUGGGAAGCAAAAUUCUCUGCAGACUGGAUUCAAUUUAGGAUAUAAACUGGGAGUGACCCUUCUAAUGCCCUGUGGAGAGCUCAGAGGAACAUUAAGUGCUCUCAUCACAUGGUGUAACAUCCAUGACUCUGGUCCUUCAGCAUAUACACAGCUUGGUGACCUCUUAACUUCAGUGGUCCAGUGUGAAGACAACAUUGUGAAGAGCUUGUCAUCUAUUCAUCAGAUUUCUCAUCCAUCAGACUUAUCCAGCACAUUGGAGGAUAUGAAUUUCACAAGCAAGGAGUCCAUAGAGGGAUCAUGUAAUGCUAGGCAGGAUUGUUGCCUCCACAAGGAGCCCCUUCCUACUACAUUGCUCGGCUGUAGGACUACACAACAAUUAAGUAACGUAAUAAAACAUGAACUUGGUGGAAUUCUCAGAGACACCAUUGCUGUAGCUCAACAAAAUAAUUUGUCUGCAGAUCUUCUUUCUUAUUUGCAGACGCUGGAAAGUAAGUUUUCAUUGUUUUAAUGGGGCUGGUUGUUAGUGAUUGAGAUACUGCUCAUCUAAAGUGUCUGAACUGAAUUCUCCCAAUAUUUAUAAUAGUGGAGUAAAAAAGUUGCAAAUUAUGGUGUACAGCAUAUGUGUGUAAUUUUUUGCUUUUCUAAAGUGUCAUGAAAAAGAUGCGGAUCUUAGUGCGGCUCACCGGAUUUACCAUAAUUUAUGCCAGAAGCUGGCAUAAGUUAUAGAUGAAGCCUAUGCCAGCCCCCUGGCUGUCGUAAACUUCAGUUUCUGGCACACGGACUCUGAGAUGCGCUAGAUUUAUUAAUGGCCUGUUGUUAAAAUCUUGUUUUUAUGUUAAACAUAUUUUUAAGAACAUUGGGUGAUCACUUCUAAUUUUCCAUAUGACAAUUAUUAUUUUUUUUUUACAAAAAUCCUGCA